AUGGCUAAUAGUGAGGGUAUAACUUUAUUUACUGCAACUACUGUAAUUGGUAUUGUUGUUGCUGCUAUUGCAUAUUUUUUUGGAAGAAGGAGUAAUAAAAUUAAAAAAACAUUGGUUAAUUCUGAAGAAAAAUAUAAUCUCAAACUUAUAAAGAAAGUAGAAUUAUCUCAUGAUACACGUUUAUUUACAUUUAAAUUACCAUCUAACGAAGAAUGCUUAGGUUUACCACAUGGACAACAUGUAAAUUUAAUUGCAAAAAUUGAUGGAAAAAUAGUAGUUAGAUCUUAUACACCAGUUUCAAGUGACGAUGACAUAGGUUUUGUGAAUCUACUUAUAAAGGUAUACUUUAAAAAUGUUCAUCCAAAAUUUCCAGAAGGUGGAAAAAUGACACAGUAUUUAGAAAAUUUAUCAAUUGGUGAUUCUAUAGAUUUUAGAGGACCACGAGGACUAAUUGUAUACAAUGGUUGUGGAAAUUUUAGUGUCUCUUCGAAUAAAAAUUCUUUACCAGUUAUAAAAAAAUUUAAAAAAAUUGGAUUAAUUGGUGGUGGUAGUGGAAUUACUCCUCUUUAUCAAAUUAUAAAAUCGGUUCUCAAAAAUCCAAAUGAUAUGACAAAGAUGUAUCUUCUUUAUGCAAAUCAAACUGAAAAUGAUAUUCUUCUUCAUGAUGAAUUUGAUAAACUUGCUAAAGAUUAUCCACAUAAAUUUUCUGUAUGGUAUACAAUUGAUAAAGCCGGUGAUGGAUGGAAAUAUUCUACUGGAUUCAUAAAUGAAGAAAUGAUUAAAAAAUAUUUACCAUCUCCAUCUAAAGACAAUGGAAUUUUAAUGUGUGGACCACCACCAAUGAUUGAAUUUGCUUGUCUUCCAAAUCUUGAAAAAGUUGGUCACGAAUCAGAAAAUCUUUUACGUUUUUAA